UCACUUUCUCUUCGGCUUUUUUUUUUCCUACGGGAAGUGCUUCCGGAGACUACCCUUCUUGGAACACUGUGCCUGUUAAGCGUCAGACAUUUUUAGGCAGCGGGGAUUUUUUUUUUUUUUUGUACAGGAGCUGGAAAGGGAUACGGAGAGCCACAGAAGUAUGAAUUUCACAAUGGUAAUGUUAGAUUUCCAAGUCUCCUGUGAACCUGUAUAACUGGGAUCUUUCAGUUCCACAAACAUAGCACACUAGUGUUACCAGGCAUAGUAGAUAUGGUUAAACUACACCAUGAAGGCUAUUACAAUGUGUGGAAAGGACAGAUGUAUUUCCAGGAUCAACUGAUGUGUGAUAUUGUUUUCCAGUCUACAGUCAAUUUUGGGAUUCCAGCUCAGCUGUCAAAUAAACUUGAAAUUAAAGAAGUUAUCAAAUUGCCAGAAUUAAUACAGAAGUUACCUAAGGGCACAUUUUCAAAGAGAGCUUUAACUGGACAAGAAGCAUGUUUUGAAAACAUCUACUACAGUGCAUACCAAGUAAUCACAUCUAAUGUGGUGGGGUUAGAACUGGACAAAUUGCAAGAGUUAAUGAAAGAAAAAGAACUGGCACUAGUCAAGUUUUUAAAUGACCAGGGAGUCUUAAUUUUAUUAUCAUCUUCUGUAUUUGAACCGUGUCAAGAUCUAAACCAAGCAGAUUCCUCCUGCUUGACAGCAUUAUUUUUAUUUCCUCACACCAAAUCCCUGGGAAAAAGAGAGCAAGAAGAAUGCAAGAGGAAGUUUGCCAAGGAAGACAUUUCAUUAAAAGUUGCACCUCUUUUGCCUGGCCUUCAGUAUGCCAUUUUGGAAACCAAUAGAUCAUGCAAAGGGAAAGAUCUGUAUCCUAAAGAAUUAAUAAAACAAUAUUUAAAGACAUUUUCUCAACAGAAGAACAUGGAGAGCACAUCAAAAAGAAAAGCAGAUCUUGCAAACACUACAUAUACAUUAUCAGGAAAAUGUAGUCAACUUGACUUUUCACGGCUGAGUUCUUAUAUUUCAAAUCCAGUAAAUUUCUCUGUUCCAUUGCAGAAAGCUUCCAAACUCUUAGCGGAAGAACCAGCAAACUCUAAUAAUGACAAUUUAAAUAAUAAAGAUUUCAAAAUAUCUGACUGUGAGACCAAUGUGGCUUUUUCAUCAGAAAGUAAGUUUAAGACUGAGAACAAAAACCCACCAAAUGGGAAACAAGAAAGCAAAACAUUUAAUGCAAAGGACAGCAAUCCAAUUAAAGAAGAGAAAGCUAGAGUUAAUAUAGAUGAGGAAACACACCUACCGCAGAGUCAAGCUCCUCCUAUUCAGAGAACGGAGAAGUCCUAUACAAACAAAAAUCAUUUUCAUCCUUCUGGGGAGCACAAACACGUUAGUUCUGCGAGCACAACAACAGUAAAACUUGCCAGCACUGGCAUAAACAGAAGAAAAAGAGGGGCAGAGGUCCUUACAGCUGAGUUUGUUCAAGUUGCUGAUACCGAAAAAAUGUCCAAAGAAGUGUCGGGGAAGAGCAAAACCGGGGAUGUAAAAAACACAGCUGAUGGCAGUAAUUUAAUAAAGCAAAAAAGUAAAACUGUAAACCAAGGUGGUGUAAAGGAUAAGGACGCAGCUUUAAAACGAAAGACCUCAGAGCCAGCUAAAAACACUAAACUGGAAUCUAAAAUGAAGGCAAAAAGCUUAAAGCGUUCAGUUGAAAAGAAUUCUGAUAAAUCUAUGAAAAAGUCCAUAAGGAGUAUGGAAAAGGUUAAGAAAAAUAGUCAUAAAGUUAUAAAAUCUCUCAGUUGGUCAGGAGAAAAGCCCAAGCAGGACAAUACAAAAUGUGAUGGAGCUGGAAAUUUAAUGGAGAAACGAAUAAGUAUGUAUGAAUCUCAUGCUUUAAAUUUAUUAGCAGACCUUGCCUUAAACUCAUUCAGUUCUUCAGCAGCCCUUUUCCCCAGUACGAAUGCUGCAUCAGACUCACAGGCAUCAAAAAAUGGCACUGAUAUUCUUGUGAAAGGCCUUCAUUCUGAAAACAGAUGUAAUACAGCCAGAGCUUGCAGUCCUCCUACACAGCCUUCUGUUUCUCUUCAUACAAUAACAACAGAGUCUGAUGAGAUCCUAAAUAUUAAACACGAUGAGCCUAAAAGAGACAAUGAAUCCUGUUAUAUGAAUAACUCUUCCAUGAUUAAAGCAGAAAAUAAUUUAAAACGGACAAUAAAUGCUGCAGUUGCAAAGACCAAAAAUAAUAUUUUAAGCAAGAUCUGUCAGGAGCAUUCUUAUUCACAGCCCCCUAUGAAUGAGCCUAAAGUUGAUCCACUUGUGGACAAAACCAAUGAGAAAGAAGUUAAGACUCUUCAUGACCCCACUGUCAAGGCUUCUAUGGUUUUAGAUCAACCACAAAACCCUGCAUGUUUGCCAAGAAAGAAUAUUCAUAUGAACUUGAAGAAAGGACCUCGUGCUGUAUUACAGUUUGGAGAUGGCCUCAAGAUUACGCUGAAGUGGGAUGCAAAAUAUGAUUUUGAUUUGGACAGUAAAUUUACCUGUGAUUCUCUGGAGAAAACAGUUAAUCGAGCUUUACAUGGACCAUGGAAUCUCAGUCUAAGGGAAAAGGUAGAAGAAGUCAGAAUUAUCCUGCAUAUGUGGGUAGCUCUGUUUUACAGCAAAUCAAACAAGGCGUUGAACUGCAGCUCAAGAAAAGUGGUGGAACACAGCAAUCCUGCCAAAUUUGUUUCAAUCAGUACCAUCCGUGAACCUAUUAAAAUGGGCAAAAUUAGAGAGGCUGAAAAUAUGUUUGAUAUGACAUCGGCAGCAGGUUCCCAGAAUUCAAAACUGCUCAUUCCAAUUGGUAACGAAAUUCAGUCUAAUUAUUCACAGAGGUAUGACUGUGUAAAGAAAGAAAACCGUUCAUGUGACGAAAAAGUAAUCUUACCAGUACCUUCCCAGGAAAAGGACACUGAACAAAUGCACAUAAAUGAAAAUGUGUUAAGCGCCUUCCAAAAAAAAGAGAUGCAAGAAACAGAUAAAUAUAAAAAGGCAACAGGUGUGAAGCCAGUAAAUACUUGUAUUCCAAUUCUGUGUUAUGUACGUGACACCAACCAGAUAGAUGCAGUGAGUGAUCAAAAUGAAAAUUCCUGUAGCAGUAUCACUGGAUGUACCACUGAAAAGGGUGGAGUAUUGGAAAAGCUGUUGAGCAAAAACAUUAUUUCAGACAAAAAACAAGAAACAAACAUCGAUGAUGUCUCUUUUCAAAAGGCUGAUGCUGUCACAUCAAACAAUGAUGCAAGCAUUUCUCCAGAAAAGUUUGAUAGCAAUAUAUGUUCUAAUGAUUCAAAGAAUAAGCAUCACCUGGAUACAGAUGAUGCUAUUUUGGAUCAGGAAACAGGGGACAUUGAUCCUGAAUUUGAUGAAGCUGAACAGGAUAGACCAGCCAGUCCAAAAAAAGACAAACCAUGCUCUGAGGCCUUUGAAGCACAUAAGCACUUUGCAGUACUAAAAGGCUGUGAGAGAGAAGAAAAUAAAAGCAAAUCUAAUGUAAAAUCAUCCCAGUCUUUGCAGGAAGAAAUUCUUGAAAUGUGUGGCAUACCUCAGGUAUAUGAACAUGAAGAGAAGGAAUCCAGGACUGCAGAUUCAAGGGACAAUGUGGAAUAUGGGGGCAGAGAUGGAUUGGAUCCUUCUGAAUCAACUAGAACAAAUCUCAAUAGUUCUCACAAGACGAUGGAAACCUGUGCAGGAAACAAGGAGAACGUGGAUGAGACAAUGGAAUGUUCAGAGAACGAUAAUAAGACAAAUGCAAUUGUAACUGAUUUCAGUUAUGAGGUGGAUUCAUCUCAGUGCAAAAAUCACCAAAAAAAUAUUGUAUGUCUAAUUUCUGCUCUGGAAAACUCUAUUGCAAACACAGCUAAGGAAAUUAAUUGCAACCAAAGUGUAAAAUCUGACAUUUGUGAGCAUAGGCUCCUGGAAGAAUCUAGGAACUUUAUGCAGGAGCAGCCGUAUGAGAGCUUGGAGGAAACUUCAGCUUUAGUGCAAAUUGAAUCUACACCGGACAAAAACCUUUUGAGUACCUCUAACAAUGGGCAUCAGGAGGGUAUCUUUGAAAGACAAAAUACAGAUGUAAAUACAGUUCCCUUGCAGUCCACAGAGCACUGUAGGAAAGACCAGACUGCGAGAUUUGAAAAAAAUGUCAUGGAAAAUGAAAGCGUAAAUGGAUUUGUUACCACUUUUCAAAAUGUGGUUGAAAGACCCACAGAGAAAUCAGUUGUUUCUCCAACAAAAGAAUCUUUGGCAAAUGAUGCAGUCUCUGACAAGCUUAAUGAGUCAGAAAUCUGCAGAGAACAGCAUUCACUGGAUAAUUCCACCCAUGUAGAAAUGUGUAUGGAUUGCCCAGAGUUAGCCACGGAACUAUUCUCCCUUAAUGAAACAGAUUGUGCAGUUCAAUUCAAAUUAACAGAGAAAACAGAAGGUACUAUAUUGUGUAGCAAUGACCAGAAAAGUUCAAUUCUUUUAUCCAUAGAAGAUAAUAGGUCCUGUACAAGUUUCAGUGAGGAAACUAACAAGGCAUAUGGUUUUAUGGAUGAUGCAAAUGCUUCUACCCAUUUUUCACAAACAGAAUCGAAUAAUGCAUGUCAGGAAAAUUUAGCACUCCCUCAAACUGUAGGUAUGCAAAUUGCAUGUGAAAAUUCCAAAGAAGGAAUAUUAAAUAAAAACGAGUCCAAUUCACAUGUUGCAAAUGCUUUCAAUGUGCAACCGUUGCCAAAAUCCAAUGAAAAUAAGUUAAUAACUGAAGAAAAGCAAUAUCCUCUAAUACUUAAACAAGAAUGUGCAGUAUAUUUCAAAGAUGUUUACCCUGGACAGUCUAACAGCACCCAAAAUAUUAAUGCCCAGGCUGAAAAAGCUAAUGAAAAUAAAACCGACUUAUUACAUGUGUACCAUGACUAUGUGCAUGCAAUUAAAGACAAAGGAAUAGAUGCUCUAUCUGAAGAUCUUACGGUUAACCCUGAGGAGGAAAAGUGUGCAGAAAUGCAGAAGGAAGUCAAUUUAACAGUGAAUGAAAAUCUUUCUGCACCUGGAGAAUGUGCCAGUGCUGACAUGAUAGCCGUCUUCUCUGAAGAAAAGGUACAACUGGAAAAACAAUGCCUGAAUGAGACCUUUGACUGUAGUACUUUCCUGGCUCACCCUGAAUCUCCAAAGCAAGGGGACCUUGUGCUUGGCUCUGAGGAAAGAUAUACUGUAGAAAUCCAGGAAGCUAACGAUUUAACAACAAAUGAGAAUUCUGGUAAAGAGAAUAUUGUCUUCUCUGGAGAUGAGUUAGUACAGGUAAAGCAAUACCAAGCAGUUUCUUUCCAUUCUAACACCUCUGCGCCUCUUUCUGAAUCACUUAAACAACCAUUUGAUGUGAUCUUUCAAGACAAAUACACAUUAAAAAGCCCAAAAUCUCUAGAUGUUUGCCUCACUGCUGGUGUAAAUGCAGAAAGUGACGAUUAUUGGUCAGACAAUACUUAUGAAGAUGUUGCAUUUGCCCAAGAACCUGGAAAUCCUUACAAACCGUACUCAUGCCACCCGAGUUCAGAUCAUGAAAGCACAUCAUUACACAAGGCUACAUACUCCACAAAAGUAAGACAUACAAGGCAUUAUAAGAGAACGUUAGAUGUUUAUGAUGUUCCUUUGGAUGAUGAAGAAUACAUCCCUAAGUACUUUAGACACCAAGAUGUUUUAAGAAGGAGGAAAUAUGAGAAUGUAACAGUUAGUAGAUAUUUUCUAGAAACUGAUAGGCCUUCGCAUAGAAAAAGUGGUUCUACAAACAAACAUGAACCAUUCAAUAUAUUUAAAAAAAGAAGAAUAGAAUCAGAUAGUCCAACACAGAGUACACUUGAUCUGGAGCAUUUGCGUUUUAAUCAUCGAUUAAAAAGAGUUUUAAAAAAUGCCUCAAUGGAAACAGAUAUUUUUGAACCUCCUUCUCGGACAAUGUUUGAAUCUAAGAGAAUUCCAUGUUGUUCAGGUUCAUCUAAAAUAAAACACCCUCUUCUUAUCACAAUUCAGCAUUCUGAUCACAAAAGGGAUGGCGUUGAACACAGAAGAUGGCAUAAUAGUACCUACUCUUCCCAAGUGAUCAACGAAUAUCAACUAAAGGGUAGAUCAGCGCAUAGCUGCAGGAACACAAAAAAAGUCAAUGAAUAUAAAAAAACUACUUUUCAUUUACAACAGUUAAAAUAUGGGAAUAGGUCAAAGAAAGCAAAUGAUGAUGACAUUUCAGUGAUCCUCAAGGAGUGUGCUCAGUCUACUCACUUAAAAUUGAGCAGAGUUCGUUCAGGCGACCCCUUAACAGAUCACACCACCUCUAGAAAUGUUAGAGAGGCUUGUUCAAGACAGACUUUUGAUCCUGAUGCACAAAAUCCAUGUGUUGUGAAGGACAUCAUUUCAGACCUCUGCACAACUCUCCACUGUAAAUUGCACAAUGUCGCGAACCAAUCCAACAGAAGGAGUUUUCACUUUUAUGUAAACGAAACCAGUGAUGAUCAUUUCUUCUCUUCAGUAAAGAAUUUACUUAAUCAAGCUGGUCACACUGUAAGUGAUCCUCAACAGUUCUGCGACAGUAAUGAAGCAUCAGAGGAGAUGUUUGUUAUCAUCAGAAAUGAAGACAUAUCUGUGCACAUCCAUAAGAUUCCCUGUUUGUUGCAACUGAGGCUCCUUCCAAAUGUAACCUUUGCUGGUGUGGACAAUCCAGAAGAUAUAAUGGAUUCAUCAUUUCAGGAACUCUUCCAGUCUGGUGGAUUUGUGGUUUCUGACCAGACAGUGAUGGACUCCAUAAGAUUAGAUAAAUUAAAAGACAUUUUAAGACUGUUGAAGAAGAUGAACAAAACAUCUGGCUGGAAAUGGCUCAUUCAUUACAGAGAGAGUAGAAAACUAAAAGAUGAUAAAAGCAGAAUGGGUUCUGUUUCUCAGAGGAAGAGUUCACUUCUAAAAUCUUACCAACUAAGGAAUUUGAUUGAAGUUUUGCCUUACCACAUAUGUGACUCUAAGAAAAAAGAAGCAUCAGAUGAACUGUCAUGUAUCCUAAAUCUUCAGAACCAGAGAAUACAUAGUAGACUUGCUGUGUAUUUGACAGAUAAGCCUAGACCAGUAAGAGAGGAGUAUCAGCAGUACGGUAUCCUUGUGCUGGAUGUGGACAGGUUUAUUAGGAGAAUCCAGAAACUUGACGCAGAACUUCACUCAUGCAGGUAAUGAAACAUUAGAGCACAAGCUGAUCCAGAGGAGACUGAUGGGAAUGGUGUCUGUGCGCCUUAUAUAAUAUAUAUCUAUAUAUCAUCUGGAAGUGAUGAUGAAUGGAGGCACCAUUUAAAAAGAUUUACCAUUUUUAUCUUUUGCUGACACAGCACUGAUGUAGAAAAGUUUGGUACGUUGCUUUUUGCACAAUAUGUGCUGCUUACACUCCGCAUUUUAACUUGCCUAGAACAGUCUGUAAACGGUGUUUCCUUUCUUUUUAAAAGCAUUUAAAUUAUUUUUUCUUUUUAUUGCUGUGUUAUAGGAAACUAACAUGUAAACAGUUUAGUUAAUAUGUAAAAUAUAUAUAUACAUAUUUAGAAUUUAUAUCUAUAUAUAUAUAUCCACCUAGGGUUCUUUUUCACAACUUUCCUGUAAAUCUUUGUACACACAACACUAUGAUAACAGAAGAGAAUAAGCUAUGUAUGUUACAAGGUUCCAUUCACACCUGUUCAACAAGAUAUUUGCAUAUAUUUACAUUAUAUUUUUAUUUUCCUUUAAAGUAUUGUUUGUAAAUACGGGUGAUUCGGUUUGAGUGUCAUCUUAAUAUAACUUUUUUUUUUUUUAAUAAAGCACAAGUAACAGUAUGAAGAAUGAAUUGUGUAUAUUGGCUUAUUUACAUGACCCAAUUGUUGGCUUUGUAACAAUUGAAUAAAGACCUCUAUACAUAA